AUGGGGAAGAGAAAUAACAAAAUCAACCCACCUGCACAGAACAGUGAAGAAGCGAGUAAUGCCGAGAACGAAGAGAGCAAGAAGACGCAAAAUACGAAGGGAGUGAUCGUACUGGGUGUCUAUAUUCAUUGCGAAGGAUGUGCCGAUAAGGUCAUCAAAUCGUUGAGAGGAUUCGAUGGUGUUGAAGAAAUCGAAAUCGAUAGCAAGAAUCACAAGGUGACCGUGAAGGGCAAAAACGCCGACCCAACCAAGGUCGCCGAGCGGCUUCGGAAGAAGACCAAAAAACACGUCGAGCUUAUCUCUCCGAUUAUUAAGGAGAAAAAAGAAGAAAAGAAAGAAAAAAAAGAAGAGCCUCCUAAGGUGGUGGAAGUGGUGCUCAAGGUUUUCAUGCAUUGUGAUGGUUGUGCGCAGGAUGUCAAGUACAGGAUUCAUAAGAUGCAGGGCGUACACACUGUGGAGACCGAUAUGGCGAAGGCUCAGGUGACAGUGAAGGGAGUGUUUGAUUCGCAGAAGCUGGUGGAUUACAUCCACAAGCGUGCAGGGAAGCGCGCGGUGAUUGUGAAGCAAGCAGCACCGGCGAAGAAAGAAGAUGUGAAAAAAGAUGGGAAAAAAGAAGGGGACAAAGAAGAAAAAACAGACUCAUACAACAAUUUUCCUCCUGGACUUGUAUAUGCUCCACAGCUCUUCAGUGAUGAGAAUCCUAAUGCUUGCUCUAUUAUGUAG